AUUUUCUGAUGAUAAACUACUAAUGGAUGCAUUAACAAAACAUUGUCUGUUGUUUCAGUGAUGUGCAUAUUAAUAGCGCUAGUGAUCUACCCGGUUUGUUUCGCCGCAGAGUUAAAUUUGGGUAACCGGUCGGUGUGGGAGUUUGGCUGGGCGUACGGCGUGGGCUGGGGCGCCGCCAUCUUCCUCUUCGGCGCCGUCGUGCUGCUGCUGUGCGACAAGGAGAGCGAGGAGGUCUACUUCAAGCAGCGGAAA